UCUUAGGACAAAAAUCCUAUUUAUAAUAAUUUCUCCUAAUAAAAAUAGACAAUUUUGUUUUGGCCUUUUUGUCUUGGGGAGUGAUGGAACAACAUAUGAGAUGGGGAGCCAUGGAAGAAGAGUGGAGAAAGGGCCCUUGGACUACUGAAGAAGACAGGUUGCUCAUCGAAUAUGUCAAAUUGAAUGGUGAAGGAAGAUGGAAUAAUGUGUCUAGGCUUGCAGGAUUGAAAAGAAAUGGAAAGAGCUGCAGAUUGAGAUGGGUGAAUUACUUGAGGCCAGAUCUUAAGAGGGGGCAAAUAACCCCACAUGAGAAGAGUAUAAUUCUUGAGCUACAUGCUAGAUGGGGCAACAGAUGGUCAACGAUUGCUAGAAGCCUGCCCGGAAGAACGGAUAAUGAAAUCAAGAACUAUUGGAGGACUCAUUUCAAGAAAAAGGGAAAACCAUCCUCAGAAAACACGGAAAAGUCCCGUCUGCGGCUUCUGAAAAGGCAACAAUUUCAGCUACAACAACAACGACAAUACCAGCUUCAACAAGAAGAAAAUGGAAUGGACAUGAAGAAGAUAAUCUCGUUGCUUGAUGAAAAUGAUAACAACAAUGGUCUGCCGUACUUCCCUCAAAUGAGACAAGAAAUAAUUUACCCAAACACGAACGAUGAGUCGGGCUUCUUUUAUUCAAUGAUCAAUGGAUGUGCAACCAUGCUAGAGACCUCUUAUGAAGAUAUUAUGUGGGGUGGCUUGUGGAACUUGGAUGAUUUCCAUGGAAAUAUUCAGCCUGGGAAUGCUAUAAAAAGAGUUGGUUAACCAGCACACUUUAGCCACUAAUUUCAAUAGAACUUUCAAUAUCUGCUUAAGCACUGGAUGAUUGAGAACCACAAAAGGUUUUCAAGUGAGAGAGUAUGAUUGUUCUGCUUUUUUUUCAUUUUGGUUCCUCUUUUGUGUAUGUUAGUCUACUAAGGCAUUUAGAAUGACUGUUAAAUUUUGUGCUGCUAGCAGGCUGGUUCAACUUUGUGUCCAAAAAAGUUUGGAACACACAGACAAACUGUGCAACUCAAUGAAAUAAAACAAAACCAGCUUUUUUUUUUUUUUUU